GUGCUGCCAUUUUACCGGGCUUACGCAUCACCGCAAACAUGGGUGACAAAGUGGUCCAGCUGUUCUCCAAGAAGCACCAUGAAAACAUGUUGAGCUCCUUGCAUCAGCUGAGGUUGAGAGGACAGCUGAGUGACGUGGUUGUGCAGGUAGACUACCAUGGAGAGCUUGAAGAGUUUCAGGUCCACCAAGUAAUGCUUGCAGCGUCCAGUGGCUACUUCAGCAAGAUUCUCCUCAAUCAAGAUGCCACACCUGAAAAGCUGUUCCUCUCAAACAUACGCACCACCGAUUUCUCCAAGUUCUUGGAUUUUGUGUACACUGGCAAAGUCGAGGUUAUCAGAGAAGAAAUCGAUGACAUACGAAAAGCAGCGCUGCUGUUGGACUGUAGGGAUCUGUCAGAGGUUUGUGGUGAGGCCAUGGAAGAUGAAGGCUCACAAGAGCCCGCCAAGAGAACUAACCCCUUGUCACAAGAAAAGGCUGAGUCAGAUGGCACAAUGACUGCUAAGAGAGGCCAAGGGAGGACUCCAUUCCAAAGGGUUCUUCUAAAACAGCACCUGCCUUCAGAGAGUGCUGAUAGUGUGGGCAUCCACUUCAAGAGGUUGAGGGCAAACGACACAGCUAAGGGUAAAGGAGCCAAACCUGAAGGAAAGGCAGGUAGGCGGCUGAGUAACAGACUGGCAGGCCGCAAAAUCCCUGCGGGCAUAUCAUGUAGGAAAACUAAGGAGUCAUACAAAGAGGCUUUGGAGAACACUAAACAGGACACCGCUGAUAAAACAGAAAAGAAUAAUGAUGGGGUUGAGCCCAACACCCAGCAGGAGAGACAGGACAAGAAAGAAGAUUUUUCAGUGGAUGUGUCAGUCUAUAAUGAUGAUGAUCAUGAUGAAAAUGAAAGGAAAGAGGGUGUACUGGAGUAUGACCCCUUAUAUGUGUCUCUGGAGGGAGAGUGGGAGGAAGGGGAGUCCCAGAGGACCUCCAAAAGACCAUCCAAGGCCCAGUUCCUGUGUGAGAAGUGCCUGCGGACGUUCCGCUAUGAGAGAAGCUACUUGAAACACAUCAGCACCUACCACGGAGUGAAAGCCAAAGUCACAUAUCGCUGCGAGACCUGCCAGCAGACCUUUGCUAACCGCGGGAAUCUGAAAAUCCAUGAAAAGCAUGUCCACAAUGAUGAGAGGCUGUUCACCUGCCAAUUCUGCAUCAAGACCUUCAAACGCAAGAAGGACGUUAUCCGCCACCAACGGCAGGUACAUGAAGGUGGUGGUCGGCGGCAUGUCUGUCCAGAUUGUGGCAAGAUGCUGAGCUCUAAAACUGCCCUGGUCCUGCACGAGAGGACACACACAGGUGCCAAGCCCUUCGAGUGCACCGAAUGUGCGGCAAAGUUUACCCAGAGCUCUGCUCUCAAGAUGCACCAAAGGAUCCACACAGGGGAGAAGCCGUUUGCCUGUGACGAGUGUGAUGCCAGGUUCACCCAGAAACACAUGCUGUCUUAUCAUAAGAGAUCCCAUACAGGCGAGAAACCCUUUAUGUGCGAGGCCUGCGGGAAAAGCUUUGCAUCUAAGGAGUACUUGAGGCACCACUCGAACAUCCACACUGGCUCCAAGCCAUACAAGUGUGAUGUGUGUGGUCGGGGCUUCGCUCAAAGAAACUCCCUGCACCAGCAUUUAAAGAUUCACACAGGUGAGCGUCCCUAUAGCUGUAAAGACUGUGAGAAGCAGUUCACUCAGCUCAAUGCCCUCCAAAGGCACCAGCGCAUCCACACAGGGGAGAAGCCCUACAUGUGUGGCCUUUGUAACCGCACCUUCACAGAUAAGUCCACCGUCCGCAGGCACACUAUGACUCAUGACACGGAUGCCCCUUGGAAGAACUACCUGGUGGUGCUGAAGGAUAAUGUGGAGGAGAAAAAGCCCAAACUUUCUCCCAAGGGGAAAGCAGAAAAAUCAGGUGCUGUUGAGAGACAGGACAAAGGUGAAGGUGAUGGUAGCAUUUGCAACAGAGGCAGCAAGGCCCAGGCUAAGACUAUAGCGGUGCCAGCUGAGCCAGUAGCACUCUCAGCCGACUGGGCCAGCCAUGGCACCAUUGCCCUGCUCAGUCACAGUGCCCUUGGUGGAAUCACCGUCAUCCACACUGAGGUGCCAACGGGCACCCAGAUCCAGCCGAUCGUCACCACUGACAGUGCUGGAGCCAGCGUUAUUUCCAUUGAUGGCUCAGCAAUCUCUGUUCCCUUCUCUCUCCCUGUCUCCAUGGGUCACCCGAUUUCAGUGCAUUCCACGUCUGCAUCCUCCUCCUCCUCUCUCACUGUGCCCGUCUCUGUCGCCGUCUCAGAAGCCACGUCGACUUCAGUUUCGAAAACCCCCACUGUAUCAACUGCAUCUGUCCUGGAGGCAGCCGUUUCACAGACUAUUUUGGCUCCAGUUUCAGGAACUGAUGCUGCUCCUGGGACUGACAUGAUGGAGCCUGAUAUUCAAACUGUGGUUGUAUCCGGAAAAGGUUGCAUUACAGAGCAAACAGCUACCCUCUCAGCUGAUGGACGGGAUGACAGCUGAACACUGUGUGUAGAAAAUG